AUGGCUCGUGUAAAAUCGAAAAAGACGACAGCGAGGAAGGUGCUGGACGGAAACCUCGGAAGAAGAUCUCUCAAUGGUGAGCUUCCAAUCUUCUUCCCGAUUGAGAUUUUUACUUUUUCAGGGCGCCUGCAAUCGACCCGCCAACGCACUCAAGCCGUGCUCCAUCAGGCCCCGGCGCCCACUGUCAUCCAUAGAAAAAAGACCGCCAAGGCAAUAGUGAAAAAGACUGUGAAGAAGGGAGUCAAGGGAACGAAACUCACUGUAAAGACGGCGAAGACAGCGAAGACAGCGAAAACGGAAAAAGCGAAAAAGGUGUCGAAGAAGGGAAAUGACCGUUUAACGCCGAGAACUGUCACGGAAUACGUCGAGAAUCCGUUCUUCGCGAACAGAGAACUGCCAGAAUACGUCAGUGCUCAUGUCUACCACAGAUGGGUGAUCAGAGCCAUUCGUCGGGAGGACAUGAAAGAGAUCAAGGACUAUUUCAAGUCGAAAAAGUGUCAGAAAGGCGCUGCGCUCGAAGGAUUCGCCUAUGAGUACGAUACCUCGGCAGCGUACGAGGCUUGUUUGAAAGACGUGAAGUUCGCAACGGACUUCUUCAAGUUGAACCAGAAGCUGGACGACGACAACAACUACCAGCCGUCGAAAGAACCCGAUUUGCUUACAUAUGUAAGCAUUCAGGCAGAAGCUUGAGAGAAAUUUAAUGAUUUUCAGAAGACAACAGGAAGAAAGAACUUCUACAUGAUCGGCCGGUACACUCGCAACGUGGAAAUGUCAAGAGGCGGAAAAGAAGGAAAUAAUGCGCUCUUGAACUACAAGAGUAAGGCAGGCGAUCUGCAUGUUCUCACCCGCUUGGUCGAGGAGAAUGUUCCGUACACCAAGCUCUUCCAGCUCAGCAAGAUCCCGAAUGGACGUACGUUUCUUGUCCUUUGUUUCAACAUCCAUCCUUAAUUUUCAGCAUUCGAAGAGCACGAGCUCGAAAGUCAUGUGGUGGAUGCGGUCAGAAGAGGACACCGUGAACUGGCCUCUUCCUUGGCCCAAGGACCGGCCCGGAAUCACUGCAACGACCUGCACCGACAGACACUGAAAGCUGAGCGACUGCCCGCCAAGAUCCUUCCCGUCUCGGUUGCCAAGAAAAUGUUCAUGAACAAAAGUAUCACUCCGCUGCACACUGCUGCCAUUUCGAACAGCACUCACAUGCUCGAAUCGAUGCGAGCCGUCUAUCCGACCCUCAACAUUCCGGAUCAGGACAACUGGUACACAAUCCACUACGCCGCGUGUGCUCCUGGAACUGCGUCACUCGAGUACAUGCUCAAAAACGGAGGUUCUGUUACCAUGCUAACGAAACAGACAGAGACUCCGUUGCAUGCCGCCGCGAGAGCAGGAAGAGCCGCCAACAUCAAGAUUCUUCUAAGGGAAAUGCUCAAUUUGGAGAAGGGAGAAGACGGAGAGUCGACAAUCCGACCGGACAGAUCCGUCGUGAACGCGAAAAACCGUUCUGGACAGACUGCGCUCCACCUGGCAGUCAUCAACAAUCACUUGGAAGCCGUUGAUGCUCUUCUCGAAGAACCCACCAUUCAGGUGGACAUUCCAACUUCGACCAACACGAACAGAGUCACUCCGCUCAUGUUCGCUUGCUCGCUCGGACAUCUGGAGAUGGCCAAGAAACUUAUCGAAAAAGGUGCGCUCGUUGAAGGCAAAGACAAGAAGAAGAGAACCCCGCUGAUCCACGCGAUGCUCAACGGACAAGUACACACUUCCGCCAUGCUCCUGGCGAAAGGAACAAACAUUUUCUUGGCGGACUCUUCCGGAAACACUGCCGCCCACUAUGCUGCCGGAUACGGAUUCUUGGAGUGCCUUCGACAGCUCGCUAUCAUCGACCCCGAAAUUCUUGCGACAGGAAAUGAUUGGCAGCUGUACCCGCUCUCAAUCGCUUAUCUAAAAGGUCACUACGGAAUUGUUACGUGGCUUCUCGAGGGACCGUACAAAGAGAAAGCGAACAUCAAUGCGAAGGACAACAACGGAGCGACUCUCAUUGCGAAUCUUCUCUCGUAUGCCGAUGAAAGCAUGCACAAAACGUUGACAACUCAACUGGAUUAUCUCAUUUCCCGUGGAGCCAACGCGGGAAUCUCUGACAGCUCCGGAACGACGCCGCUUCAUUUGUUCGCCCAGCAGAGAAUCAUCUUGAAGGGAAGUGGAGAGGCGCCAGAAAUGGACGCCACCCGAAUGGACUUGCCUUCCUACCGCAAGUGCUUUGAUAUGCUCAUUGAGGCGGGCGCCGUCGUGGAGAGCUACGAUAAUCAGAACAACACUCCUCUUCACAUUGCUCUCGCGAACGGAAACCUUCUUCUGUUCACUCUGUUGCUCGAGAAAGUCACCGAUAAACGAAGACUGCUUGAGACGUGGGCCCCUCAACAGAACUUCCUGCACGAGAUUCUCUCGCUCCCCAUGAAAGUGUACGGUGAUCAGGUGCUGUGGAAGGGCGAGACACUCACGAAACCAGCGUACGACGUGCUUCCAAUCCUGAAAGAGUUGCAAGACAACCUUCCGGAUCUUUUCAAGAAAUGGGUCAGCGAGGCGAACAAGGAAGGAUACUCUCCGAUUGUGGAGGCUGUCAAACAGUACCAAAGCAAAACUCCAAGCACUGAAUUAAGACAAGAAGUUAACCAUGUAAGCGAAAAUCCUUCAAAUCCUACGGUACAUAGUAUUCUAACCGCGUUUAGAACAUUCCUAUGGCUGCGAGUCAAAGAAUAUACGGCCAUCAUUUCAAUGCUAACAAAAAGAGUCCUCAUGUUGAUUCUUAUGAGCUAAAGGUUUCAAUUUUGAAAACUUCCUCUUUCUCCUUUUGUUCCCUUCCUUGUCUCAAGUGCACAUCAUCCGAUUCUUUCCCUCCAUCUCUGCUCUGACGUUCUUUAAUUCUGUUGCUUUUCAGGUAUUCUUGGCCACCGUCAACGAGCUCUUCGAAUGGGUCAUCCGGUUGGAUCCAUUUCAACUGACUCAGAAGUACGUGAAUGCGGAAAAUGCGGCGGCCGUCACGCUGGCGAAACUGGCGAUGACUAUUCCAUUGGAAGCUGGAAAACACCCGGAGAAUCAGCUGGCUCUUUUCAAGAUUCUGAUCAAGCUGAGCAAAGAGUUCAAUCGAGUUGAAGAGUUCCUCACACAAAGAAACGAGAAGGACGAUCUGCUUAUUAUCGAGGCGAUUCAGUUUGACAAGCCACGUGUCGUCGAGUUGCUGAUGGAUACGGCAUCGGAAGCGCACUUGGUGGAUGGAAUUCAUAACGCAAUCAAAGAGAAAGAGCUCGACGAAGUCGUCAACAAGACGAUCAUCAUGUACAUGAUCGAGAUGCGAAUGUGGGAUCUCAUUCCGAAACUGAAUGCGUCGUCCGAGUUUUGGAAACGGAAGGAUGCCAAGGAGAACAGUGUUUGGCACUAUGCGGCGAGAGUGAACUGCCAUAAAACGGUGUGGCUGUUCAAAUUGAUCGAAUCGAAGGGAGUUCCGAGGGAGAGCAAUGCGGACGGUCGGACUGUGCUCCACGUGGCAACCAUGACUUGCGACGGAUCCGCCAACUCGGUUCUUGAGCCGAUUGCCUGGUUGUCAACGAGAAGUUCUAUUGAGGCUGUCGACAAGUUCAAUCGGACUGCUCUUCAUUACGCAUUCGGAUCAGAGCACGAGUUCAAAGAGGGAAGUGUUCCGUCCGGAGAGAGUGAUCCGAUCGCUGUUGUGUCUCUACUGUCGUCUAUGAUUCGGCCUGACCAAAUCGAAAUUGCCGAUAUGAACGGAAACACAAUUCUUCAUUUGGCCGCCAUCAAGAACUCCACCAUCUGUCUGAUGACUCUGAUCAGAAAGAAGUGCCACGUGGAUCUGAAGAACAACGACGGAAACACUCCGUUGGCUUUGGCUGUUUACCAUGGAAGACAGUCCUCCGCUCUCACUCUCAUCCAGGCGAACGCCGAUGUCACUGAGAAGAUCUAUGUGAAAGCGAGCCAACCCUUCCAGACGAAGAGAAAGAACGACGACGAGGAGGAGAUCUGGCGUUGGCAUGGAAAGGAGAAGAAGGUGAACGAGGACACGAACACCACAAUUCCAGCAACAGUUGUAAGCAAAGGAGGCAGCUGGGAAGCAAUGGUCUACGUGCUGCUCGAUGUGCUCGGACAGAACACUGGAUCAAUGGCUCAGCUGACCGAUGCUGCCCUUCGCCGCGGACAGUUCAAUUUGGCCAAUCAACUGCUCAAAUCGAUCGAAGCUCUUCUUGACGGAGAAGUUCUCAACUGUCCGCAUGAUCUCCUGAACACGUUCGCUGAAAAGUGCUUCGGCAGCCUCGAGGAGGAAACUAUCGAGAGAACCGUCCUUAACAGAAUCCUUCUGACCAGAGGGCUCGGACUGGAUCAGCCAGAAACCGGAAAGAUAAUCCUAACUGCUCUUCAAGCUGGCAAUUGGAAUUUCCUCCGAUUUUUAAAGAACGAAAUGGGAGCUAGUUGGAAGCAAAUAAAAACGGAGUCGCCGAAGGAGAGCCCGAUCCGAUCAUUGGUUCUUUACAUGAACGAGAAAAUGGUCACUACUGAUUCCAUCUUCUUUUUGGAUGAGUUGAAAUCAAUUCGAGGAGUCAACAUUGAUGCCCUCUGCGAUUUUGAAGUUUCUGGAAAGUUUAAGAAUCUUCUCGACUUCGAUCUUCUUCCUCCGAUCUCCUGGGCUGUGCUCCAAGAAAAGGCCGAGUUGGUGAGAGCGCUGAGAGUUGCUGGAGCAAAUCUGAAGACUGCAGACAAGUACGGAAGAACUCCGCUGAUGUUUGCAAUCAUGACCAAUAACCGAAGAGUCAUCGAUGCUGUUAUUGGUGAUGCGAAGGAAAACGUGGUGCUGCCGAAGCAGAAUCCAGUGGUCAGGAGGAAGACAAACGAAACUCCGCUGCUCUUCGGAGUGAAAAGGUCUGCCACCCACGCCCCGAGCACCAGUGCCGCUGCUGAAAAUGAAUCGGAAUCGGAGAGCUCGUCGUCGGUCGAGGAAUCUGAAGGCGAAGAGGAUGAUUCUGAGUCUCCGCCACCGGCAAAGAAGGCGAAAGUGGAGGGGAAGGAAUCUUCAGGACCCAAGAGAAGAUGCUGGUGAUCACCGACCCAUCCGUAUGUCUAAUUUCAUCUUUUUGUGACCAUGUAUCUCAUUUCAGCUAUUUUCUGCUCGUGAUCAUAAUGGAUACAAUGCGCUUCAUUAUCUGAUUGAGCCUCUCGCCUGGGAAAACGUCGAGUUGCUCUCCGAUCUGGCUGCUUCGAACCGAAAAGUGAUUGUGGAGUGUCUUGUUGACAAGAAGAAUCCAAAUCCGAUCGAAUUGGCCGCGAAGAAAGUGAAUAGAAGAAUGAAGACUGAAAUGAUCAAAAUUUUGAAAGGAGCAUCGCUUCCAAGAGCCAUCAAAGAGUGAGAAACUGAAUGUGAAAUGUUCGCCAUCUAAUAGUUAUCGUUUCAGUACCAAGUUGACUCUGGGCCCUGUGAACAUUGAACCGAUCAGCAAUGUGGAUGAGGAUUCGAACAACUUCCUGACCAAAUGGGCGGAGGAGAACGACAAGAAAAAGUCGAUCGAGGCGCCGAAACCACACCAAAAUUCGACGUACCAGACAAGUGGAACCGUCGGAUUCUGCGAGGACACCCAGCAGUACUUCAAUGUUCUCUUGAACAAAACCGAUCUAAACUACGGCCGCUACGGUUUCCACAACUUUUACCGCAUGCAGAUAAUCAAGCGACGCGACGCUGAUCUCUACAUUUUGUUCACCAAUUGGGGGAGAAUCGGAGACGGAAUCGGAGAGUUCCAGACCACUCCGUUCAAUAGUAUCGAGCUGGCGGCCAAGGAGUUCAAGUCGAUCUUCAAGUCAAAGACCGGAAACGAGUGGGCUCCGCUUGCUUAUUUCCAGGAACAACCGAAGAAAUACCGGCUCGUCGAGACUGAUUCGGCUCCGACGGACCUGGCUGAAGUUGAACUGACAUGGAAGAAAAACACGGAAAAGGAUCCUAUUCGCAAGAUUAUCGCUGAUAUCAGUGACCCGAAGAUUCUGAAAACAUAUGCCUCCGGUGUUAACAUGGCCAGAUGCUCUCAGCCAUUCGGAAGAUUCACCAAAGCGAACAUCGAGAAAGCGAAAUCCGUUUUGGAUAAGUUGGAGAAGAAUGCGAAGAGAAUCCAGCAGAUGGCAGAAGCGCAAUCCGUGCUGUCCGAGUCCAACCUUCUGAAUGCCUAUAUGACCACAGUAAGUUAAGAUCGGAAAACGUUCACUAUGUUCACACUUUAUAGAGCGAUCUCUCGAACGAAUACUACUCUCUCAUUCCAUUGGGCGAGUUUGAGUACUCCAACCUGACCAGACUCGACAAGUUGGAGGACAUCGCUCGUCAUCGUCUCAAUCUGAACAGAUUCACUGAAAUUGAAACGGCGACCCGGUUGUUGUGCGGAGCUGAGUUCCGGAAAGAUCUAGACCGCGUCGAUUACAUCCGCACCGCCAUGAAGUGCGAAUUCAGUCUCGAGAACCCCGAUUCCGAUAUCAGCCAGCGCAUUCUUCAGUGGAUUCACAAUUCUGGAGACAAAAAUACCAAGGUCAAGAAGAUUCUGGAGAUUAGACCGAAGGAAUCGACUGAGAAGUUCGAGCCGUUCAUCAACGAUGACAACCAGAAGUUCUUGUGGCACGGAACGAAGGCGACCAAUCUGAUAAGCAUCCUCCGCAACGGCUUCCUCGUUGAUCCGCCAGCUGCGUGCAGAAACGGAAGUCUCUUUGGAUCCGGAAUUUAUCUGGCGGACAGUUUCGAGAAAAGCAAUCAUUAUUGUGCUCCAUCGGCCGACGAUGUCAAGUACAUGCUCGUGUGCCAAACUGCGCUCGGAAAGGUCCGCGAGUUGAAAACCAUUCCGUUCCGCUACUCAAAUCAAGACCAAGGACCAGCUGAGAGAGUCAGUUCACUUUAUUCUUUUUAAAUUAUCAGUUCAAAUGUUCCAGGGAGAAGACACUCUCCACUACAUUGGCGACAGUUUCCCGGCCGGAAGUCUCACGAAUGAUGGUGUCGGAAUGCCGUUGCUACCGCUCCGGAAGAGGGACGAAAUCGUGGGACUCAACUACGGAUUCCAAACCCUCUCCUACUCUGAAUACAUCGUCCGCAACCCUCACCGUGUUCUGCCCAGAUACAUUGUGAUCUACAAGUGAAUACCUCUUAUCCUGCAUCAAUAUCUCAUGUAUUUGUUUUAAAGCCGGACCCAAAUUUUAAAUGAAAAAUCGUUUAAUGCUUUGAAAUAUCUGUUCCUGUUUAAAUUCGUAAAAACCAAUAUUAUCUGCUGUCUUCGCAAUACAAAGCGCAAAUUUUCAGCGUAUCGAUGAAAAUUUCGCCGAUUCGCACAAAGGCGCCGCGGAUACCGCGACGCGUACUCGAAGGAAAGGCGGUUAGUUGGACAGAAUGAAAAUACUUCUCCGCCCUCCAUUUUUUCAGAUUCUCUCCGGGAACGACCGGAUUGGGCGGGACAGGAUAGAGGAUCCAAGCUGCCGGGUGCCGCCGAAGGACGCUUCAAGAAGUUGCCGACGCCACCGCCAGAGUUGGAUGUUCCGGCUAGAGACCAGGUAAAAUUGAAGAGAUUGAAGAGAAGAAAGGAUGUCAAGUCCGGAGAACGAGUGAAGCUGAACACCGAGAAGGCCAAGAUCAAGGAGAUCCAGUACAUAGAAGCCGGAACAGCCGAAAGAAGUGCCGGUUGUGCACAAGACACCUUCCAACUCAAGGUAAGUGGAACCGCUUCUCUCCAAUGCUUCUCGUUUUCUGUGAGUUGUUCAUACAAUCAAAAACCUCGAGCAAGGUGUCUACGUGCAUAGACGCAGCUCAGAAAGUGUAAUAUCCCAUAAGGUAAGUUUAACUAUGUCAUAUCUUGCAGCUUUACUUGUUAAUGUCUCUGACCGUCCAAACAGUCAUCCCCCUCUGCGUCAGCUUCUUUCCGUGCUCCUGCUCUUUCUACGGAGCAGCACUCCGGAUCGACUUUGUCAAGUGAGGAGAAAAAGAGACGUUACAUUAGCUAUUGAAGAUAUUUGUUUCAGUUGGGUGUACUGGAGUUCCAGGAGUGAAUGUUUUCCUUCCUGGAUCCGAUCGCCAUCAUUUUUUUCCUUCCGGCCCUUCGUCGUCAUCUCGUUUGUCAUAUUCAUAUCGAGCACAUCGCCUGACCGAUUAUUCAUAAUUUGUUUUCUUCUAUCUGAAUAAAUUUCCCAAGGGACCUGUGAGAUUCUGAUAAUCAGCACACAAUAGUACGUCCUGAGAGACGGCACCCGCGUGACUGAGUCUCGUCAACACACUCAGACUCGUCCGUGUUGCACACGAAAUGCUCGUCAACUGGAUUCACUUCUGCGCUCCGAAACUCUUGUGCGUCCUUUCGUUUAUACUGAACCCACUGUUUUUAAAAUUUAUCAGACAUGAUCAUCAAAUCAAUCUUGGCAACUAUCGCUAUCUUUUCUAUACACUGGUGUUUGUCAAUAUGGUGACUUCCAUUGUAGACGUGUUAGUUCCUAUGGUAAUUUAAUCGUUUUGGCAACUAUUGUUAACUUCUCUGUUUCUGACUAUUCACCGCCACCGUUCUGCCACUGCAAUUAUUGCGGUCAAACAACUGAUUUAUACGGUUUGUAAUUAGAGAAUUGGCUCAAGCAAUUCAACUUUCAGAAAUCCCUUUUCGGAGAGACACUUAUCGCCGAUCGCUGGGCACUUGUGUGCUGGAUAUACACAACUCUCAGUGCUCAAUACGUCUACCGAUACAUGAUUUUGAAAAAGGGACACAUUGUCAGUGAAUACUUUACGGUGUACGGUUUCCUCAUCGGUCUAAUGAUUUUCACCUUUUCCUGGCUCUUCUGGUCAGUAACUGUUCAAGUGUGUUUCUUGGCGACAAACGAAACGAACGGUUACCUAGAGAAGACAAUUAUGGAAAAUUUCAACGAAAACAUCGAUGACAUCAACUAUUCAUUAGCGGUUUCUUCAGUACGUUUACCUUUUCAGGAUUCGAUUCUUUGAACUUGUAUUUCACAGGAAGUAUCCAAUUCGGUCGUUGUUCGGUCAUGGGUCGGAAUGGGUUUAUUGACGUGUUUCACUUUGGCGUAUAACAUCUUCUUCCUCGUUUUUGGCUACAAGGAACCCUCUCUUGGAAUGAUACUCCUGAACUCACUACAUUUUCAGAUCAGAACGGGCUUGGAUCGAGGCGUGGUCACAUUGAGUCACCGAACGACGGAAAUGCACAAGAAGCUGUUCGGAGUGCUUGCGGUUCAAACUGCCUUGUCUUUUGGCAGUUUCACGCCGUUCAGCAUUGUCUUCUUCGGCGGCUUGUUCGGUUUUGAAUUUAUGAAGUGAGCAGCAUGGACAUUUUUUUGUGUUCAGCUCCCAUUUCAGCUGGAUGUACUGGAUGGCUCCGAUCGUCCUCUCAAUGUCCCCCUCUCUUUGCGCUCUCGUCGGCAUUCUCUUCGUUCCGACCCUUCGACGUCGAGUCGCAAUCCACUUCGGAACGGGCGCAGUAACGCAAAACUGA